UCUAGCUGCUGGUGUUAUAACAAAAGAUUUGUCGCGUGCUUUACAAUUUGUUGAACAACUGCAAGCUGGUUCAGUAUGGGUGAAUCAAUAUGGUGGUUUGCAAUUUCAAGCUCCAUUCGGUGGUUUCAAACAAUCUGGUCAUGGACGUGAAUUUGGACGAUAUGGGCUCGAAGAAUAUUAUGAAGUGAAAACAGUUUCAAUCAAAACUGACUAA